AUGGCGACUCCUGGAGAGACACUCCCAAGGGGUCUGCCGGGUUCCCGGCCGGACGACGUCGCUGAACAAAAUCGGAAAGGCCGCCUCUCGUCCGACGCGCGCGCACAAGCACGCACCGACACAGAGCAAGCGCGCCAGGCGGGUCUCGAAGCAGUUUCAGGACCUAAGGCUCUGCAAGUGUCAGUGUCACUAGAAGAUGUGACAGUAGACUUCAGCAGGGAGGAGUGGCAGCACUUGGACCUUGCUCAGAGACAUCUGUUCUGGGAUGUGACACUGGAGAACUAUUGCCACCUGCUUUCUGUAGGUGAAGAUAUUGGGAAAAGUCAACAACAGGGAAUUUCUGGAGAAGUUUCAUUCUUCAGUGAGAGAUUUGAUAGACCCACAGGAGAAGAUUCAUUGUGUUCCAUCUUAGAAGAACUGUGGCAAGAGAAAGACCAGCAACAGAGGGAUCAGGAAAACCAGAUUAGCCCUUUCAGUCAUAUCAAAGUAUUAAUUAAGGAGAGAGGCUAUGAAUGUGAAAACAUUGAAAAAACAAUUCAUUUGAUUACUAAGCUUGUUCUUUCAAUUAAAAGACUCUGUAACGGUGACACAUUUGUAAAGAGUUUGAAACAUACUUUAAACUCACAUGACAGUACAACAGAAAACCUUGAUAAAAUUUUUGGAGAUGGUAACAGUUGUUCUUCCUCUAGAAAGAAUGAGCAUACGAUCACAGGAGCGAGUUCCUGUGAAUGCAGUCAAUGUAAAAAAUCCCUCAGUCACAAACAAGCUCCCACCCACUGGCAGCAAAGUUAUCCCGGGGAGAAAUUUCAUGUAUGUACUGAGUGUGGAAAGGACUUCACCUGGAAGUCACAAUUCUUGGAACAUGAAAAAAUUCAUGUUGGAGAAAAAUCCCAUGGCUACAACAAAAGUGAGCAAGUCUGCACCCUGAAGCCACACGUUGAGCCAGAUCAGAGUAUUCACAGAGGUGAGAAGCCCUAUGUAUGUCCUCAGUGUGGGAAGGCCUUUACUCUCAAGUCAAACCUCAUUACUCAUCAGAAAAUCCAUAAUGGGCAGAAACCCCACAAAUGUGGCCAAUGCGACAAAGCCUUUUUCCAAAAAUCAGAUCUCUUCAGGCAUCUGAGGAUUCAUACAGGAGAAAAACCUUAUCAGUGCAGUGAAUGUGGAAAAGGCUUCUCCCAGAAUUCACACCUCACUAUACAUCAGAAAUCUCACGCUGGAGAGAAACACCAUGCCUGCGGGGAAUGUGGAAAAGCAUUCACGAGAAAGUCAGCACUCUGGAUGCAUCACCGGAUCCACACAGGAGAGAAACCUUCCGUGUGCACUGAGUGUGGGAAAGCCUUCAUCCAGAAGCCACACCUCAACACACAUCAGCAAAUUCACACCUGUGAAAAACCUUCUAAAUGCAGUGACUGUGGGAAAUCACUCACCAAAAAGUCACAGCUCCAUGUACAUCAGAGAAUUCACACAGGAGAGAAGUGUUACAUAUGUACAGAGUGUGGGAAGGUCUUUACUCAUCGGACAAAUCUUACUACACAUCAGAAAACUCACACUGGAGAGAAACCCUAUAUGUGUGCGGAAUGUGGGAAGGCUUUUACUGAUCAGUCUAAUCUCAUCAAACACCAGAAAACUCAUACUGGAGAGAAACCAUAUAAAUGCAAUGGUUGUGGAAAGGCCUUCAUAUGGAAGUCACGCCUCAAAAUCCAUCAAAAAUCUCAUAUCGGAGAGAGACACUAUGAAUGCAAGGAAUGUGGGAAAGCAUUCACCCAGAAACCCACACUAAAUGUGCACCAGAGGAUCCACACGGGAGAGAAACCCUGUGUCUGUCCUGACUGUGGGAAGGCCUUCGUCCAGAGAUCGCACUUCAUUGCACAUCAUAGGAUUCAUACUGGGGAGAAACCAUAUGAAUGCGAUGAUUGUGGAAAAUGCUUCACUAAGAAAUCACAGCUCCAAAUGCAUCAGAAAAUUCACACAGGCGAGAAACCCAGUGUUUGUGCUGAAUGCGGAAAGGCUUUCACUGACGGAUCCAAUCUUACAACACACCAGAAAAUUCAUACUAGGGAGAAACCCUACACAUGCGGUGACUAUAGUAAAACCUUCACCUGGAAGUCACGCCUCAAUAUACAUCAGAAGUCCCACACAGGAGAGAGACACUAUAAAUGCAGGAAAUGUGGGAAAGUGUUCAUCCAGAAAGCAAUAAUGCUCAGUACGCAUCAGAUCAUUCAUACAGGAAGGAAGCCGUACACUUGUGCAGAAUGUCAGAAGGCCUUCACUGAUAGGUGGAAUCUCAUUAAACACCAGGAAAUACACAGUGGAGAAAGAUGCCCCGAUAAAGCUGGUGACUGAAAUAACCUUCCCGUGGCAGUUCCAGCGGAGUGUGCACGAGCUGUGGUUGAGGGGUGGGCAGUGCCAGGCGCUGCAGUCCCUGGGUGGUGGGGGGGCAGGUAUGAGAGGCUGUGGCUGGAGUGAGUGGAAGGCAAGCAAAGCCAGAUAUCCUCCCACUGAGUAGAAAAGCAAGUUCCAGGGUCACCACUGUUGACAUACAUUUAAAUGCAGAGUGACCUUCAGAUGAAGCACUUGAAUAAAUAGCAAGUUUUUAAAAACACUGAUGUUUGGCUACAUGAUUGGUAUAGGGAUUCUCAAGCUCCUUCAAAUGGUAAAAAUAAAGACUUGAGGAAAUGA